AUGGACGAUGAGAUGUUGAUUGAGGAAAUACGCCAAUAUCAAGAGCUGUAUGAUAUGAUGCACAAAAAAUAUAGUGACAACAUUCACAAAGAUAAUAUCUGGAGAAAACUUGAUAGUGAAUUGAAAACAACAGGUAUAAACUUAAUUUAAUUUAACUAAUGUAAACUUAUUAUUAGGUACUUAAUAUUACUUUUACAGAUUUUAUUUUUAAAUUUUAUAUAAACUUAUUUCUCUGCCAUGGUAAUGAUACAUUUUCAGAGUUAAAAAAAGUUGUAUAGGUUUCACGCACAUUAAAAUCAGUAGUGAGGGCAUUUCCAUCUUGUCUAUGUAUAUAUUUAGGUCCCCAAUUAGGUUCAUAUUCUGGUGGGUCUAAAUGUUGAGUAAUUCAAAUAUUAUCUUUGCUAUAUUUAUGCAAAAUACAAGAAGUUAAUAUUAUAUUGUCAACAUUUUCGGGUAAAGAUUUUAUACUUCUAAAAAAGAUUCAAAAGUUUUGGACCAAGUUUUUGAAUGCAUUUUCACGCCUAGCUCUUGACAAACUAUUAUUGAAUACUUGUUUAUGUAUAUCACCAUUAAUUGUAUAACCAGGAUAAGGUCUUUAUAAAUAGGUUUUUUUGGGGAAAUACCUCAUCUGCCAAAAUGACAUAUGGCACUAGACAUUGAGUUCCGGAAGAUUUUUAUCUUUUGGGACAUGUAAUUUAUUUUGUUCCAAAGCUUUUCCUAAAUUUAAAUUUGCAAAUAUUCCACCAUCACUAUUCUUACCGUAGGAUCCUACAUCUAUAGCAAUGAAUUUAUAAUUUGCCUCAACCAAAGCUAACAAAUUAAUAGAAGAGGUUUUCUUAUAAUUGAAAUAUUGGGAACCACUAUUCGGAGGAGUGAAAAUUUCCACGUGUUUCCCAUCUAAUGCUCCUAAGCAAUUAGGAAAGUUCCACAUUUUCCAGAACUCAUCAGACAAUUUUUCCCAAUCUUUUUCCUUUGGUUACGACAUCACUUCUGCUAACAAUUCGUCUAUUAUAGCUUUGCAUACUUCUUUAAUAAUGUAAUGAACAGUCUUGAAUGCCUAAAUAUAGUCCUGAAUAUAGUUUGAAACGAAUCACCAGUCGCUAAAAACCUAAGUAAUUAGUUUUACAUAAGUUUAACUGUUUAGACAAUAUAAUCAAUUUAAAUUAAUUAAAAUGUUUUAAUUUAUGAGUUAUUUUUUACAGAUAUUUUAAAUUAAAAUUUGGACGAAAUUACAUAUUAAAACCAAGAAUAAUACUAUUUUAGUUAUUUUAUUGUAAUGUAUAGAAGAGCGGUGCCAGUACCCACUUAUCACCCUUUUUUCAUUUGUUUUUGUGAUAACAAUAUGACACAUUUGUUUUUAUAUUUGUUCUAACCAAAUUUUAUAUUUUUAAUAGGCCCAACAUGCAAGAAUAGGUGGAUCUCAUUACAUGAUCAGCUGAGAAAAGCAAUAACAAUAAAUAUUACAAAAAGUGGAAAAGCCGCUGAACCUAAAAAAAAGUGGAAGUAUGAAGAAUCAAUGUCAUUUGUAAUUCCAUUUUUUAAAGAAAGGGAAACACAUGCCAACAUAGCAGAACCUGAUAGCUUGAGUGAUGAAUUAUGA